AUGUCUUCCCUCACCUCUGCACGAUACGGCAAGGACAAGGUCCGAGUAUUUCGCGUAGUGCGCGAGGGCGAUAAGCAUGCAGUUGUUGAGUACAACGUGCGCGCAUUAUUGGAAGGCGAUAUUGCGACCAGCUACACACAGGCAGACAACAGCGUAGUCGUCGCAACCGAUUCGAUCAAAAAUACCUGUUAUGUGAUCGCCAAAACAUCCCCACAUGUACUCUCCCCAGAGUUGUACGGCCUUCAUCUCGGCACGCACUUUGUGACCAAGUAUCCCCACAUUCACAAGGCAUUCAUCACUAUCGAACAACUCAAAUGGACCCGAAUUGAUGUCGAGGUACUCCGCAUAAACAUUCAGGUCGACGACCGAAUUUUCUCCACAUCGAUUGACCUCGACUACAGUAUCAAACUACCAAAUGAACCCAUAACUAUUGACGGACUGGGCUCGCUAGGGGAAAAAGCUAAGUUUAGGGAGCUGCAGAGUAAUGUUCGCAAGAUCACACUUGAGACAUUUGCGACCGACGAGAGCGCGAGCGUUCAAGCCACGAUGUACAAGAUGUCACAACAGUUCAUUGCAGAAAACGCGACGGCUAACUCUAUUUCGUACCGGUUGCCGAACAAGCACUAUAUUCCCGUUCCACUCGACUACAUCGGACUGGCAAAUACCAAACCAAAGGAUGCAGAGGUAUUUUGUCCUGUUGAGGCUCCGAGUGAUCUAUUAAAGCGCCAUGAAAAAAAGAUGCAUUCAGCUGCGUCGUCGGCGACAAGCACUCCAACAGCAACCAAGGGAAAAUUCGAUAUAAAUGCUUCUAAAGUACCCCUAAAACGACCCCAACCAUUCCCGUACGUCAAUUCGGGAACCACUUCGGCCGCGUCGGGCUCGGGUGGCGAUAUUUCAGCCUCUGCUUCCGGGUCGGGAUCAGGCUCGGGCUCUGGCUCGGGAGUAGACAGCGCACCCACCCAAGCCCGGCAGCAGCAUAGCCACAGGUUCCGCUCCGAUUCCGGCUCCAACUCGGAUUCCCGCUCUCGGUCGCGUUCACUCUCUCCACUCAGGCGGCAAGAAGCUCUUCAAGAUCAGGAUGAGCUCAUUUCGAGCGACGACGGUGGGCCGAGCACAACCAAGUAUCGGCGUUUGUCCGACCCGUCUGGAUUGUCUCGCAUGGACACCGACUCGCGCAAAUCGCCAUCUCCACCGGCUAACGGGCCUCGCUAUGCUCGGACCCAUGCACCGUAUAUUCGUCAUACUUCCCGGGAGACGCCUGUACUGACGUCAUCGAUGCACGGGACCGAAUCUGUUCGUGUCUGCCGUGUGAUUCGCAAUGAGGGACAUCAUUUUAUUGUCGAGUAUGCGAUCUCAGCCAUGCUCGAAGGGACGAGACCCAGCUCGAACACGAGGGUCGCUCCGGUUCCUAUCAAGGACACCUGCUAUGUGCUGGCCAAGACUUCGCCGCAUGUCCUCUCACCUGAGCUGUUCGGCUUGCACUUAGGGGCCCAUCUUGUGGGCACUCACGUUCACGUCCGUGCGGCACGAAUAGUCAUACAACAAGUGAAAUGGGGACGCAUACCCGUGCGUGGCCGACUGCACGGAUCCACGUUUCUUCGAGACGGCGAGGAGAAACGCUCGGUGACAAUUGACGUGAGAAGGGAAUCAAGUGCGGGCCCUAACGAUGAUGACAAGGAAGCCCAAGACGUGGUCAUGGCCGAUCCAAGACUAAUCGAAGCGCCAGUGAUGAAAACGGUGGUGGUGGGAAGCGGGUACUCACGCGAUGAAUGUACCAACGUAAACGAGCACAACGAUGGAGUGUAUUGCGCACAAAUGGAUGUGGAGUAUUUGCUUGGCCUGCCUCGCGUACCGUUGCGGAUUGAAGAGCUCGCGGCACUAGGCGAAUCCAUGCGAUUCACAGACGUGGCGCAGCGGGUGCGGGAUACGAGUUUGGAGGUGUUUGCGACUGAUGAAGAGGAGGAUGUGCAGUUGACGAUGCACCGUAUGAGCCGAGAGGUACUGGAUCAGAACCCGACGGUGAUAGAGGUAACGUAUCGGAUGCCCAACCGCCACUACAUCCCUGUGCCGCUGGACUAUAUCGGCUUGCAAAACACAAAGGCACGGGAAGCCGAAGUCUUUUGCCCGGUAGAUGCGCCAAGUGGAUGCAUUUCGACGACGGUUGCACGCGUUGUGGGCUAA